AUCAGUUUGGACAAAAAGGAUUUGUUCCAACAGCUCCGGGUCCAACAGCUCAUAAGAUGGCUCAAUCAGCGAGCUUCCAACUUGGUCUUGGUGGAUACAUGCAUCAGGAUAUAUCUGCCGGAUUUCGAAUCCCUGUGGUCUUCAACAACAGUAACCCCCCCAUUCCGAUUAACGUCGCCAUCUUGAAUGAUACCGGCUACACUUGUCGGACAGUUCUACCCGCCGACUUGGUUGCACUCCAGUGUCCUCCACUCCCAAUGUACCCUGCUCUCGUUGGUCUAGUGCCUCUGAAUACAGCAGAUGGGGUUUGCUAUCAGACUCGGAUUCAUAUCGAAUGCAAAUCAGGAAGGCAGGUGGGACGGCUCUUACACCAUGGUUUGUAGAGGAUGGCAUUGUUGAUCCAUUGGCAUCGACUCGGCCUUUGGGAAACAAGAUGCGUGAUCGUCUCUAUUUGCCACCGCCCCAGGAAGCACGACUCUCUCUGUUUCGGCAACUAAGAAUGGUAUUGUCACCCAACCUCCUACUAUGAAUUAAGCACAGCACAGUCCCCACGGCAUCAUGCAUAUCCGCAG